AUGAUCGACCCCGGAAAGGUAACCUACAAAGGCGAGAAAGGGGACGUCAUCUGCCGGCCCAGCCACUGGUCCGACGUCGCCAUGUUCUUCCUCGCCAACUACGCCCUGCAUGCGUUCACCGUCCUCACGGACCCCGGCAGUGGAGCGUUCAUCACAAUGUGCGACUGCGUUCGCGCCAUCCUGCUGCCCUACACCGGGUCGGUCAAGGCGCUGAUCUACAUCUCUGAGUUUGCGAUCGGGGGGAAGACGACGCUGGAGAGGGCAAAGCGGGCACGGGCGCUGUGUAUGGUUGUCCCGACGUCUGUGGAGUUUGGGAGCCUCGGUCCAUUCUCACCCGACUACUUCAACAUCCACGGCCAGCACCCCAUCCCCGUCCUGCGCUUCUCCAACCCCUUCAGCAAAGGCUACUGGUCCUCCCGCGGCCGCCACAGCAUCAUCGGCCGCCACACCCGCCGCGACGACCUCAUCGUCGCCACCGUGCCCCCCAGCUUCAGCGUGCAGCCCAUCCUCGACGAGAGCCAAUACGACUACGAGAUCGCAUCCAACUACAGCAUCCUCAAGACCUUCGCAGCCAUCGUGCAGAUCGUCUAUGGCUGCUACGAGCUCUACGAGGCGCGCGGAAUGCAGGUCGACAGCUUUGGCUACGCCGCCUACUCGCUCACCGUCAUCCCGUACGUGUUCAUGUCGUUCCUGAACCUGGUCGCGUCCAUGUGCCGCCCCAGCUACCCGAGCCGCUACCUCGUCUACUACCGCGGGCCGUACGAGGGCUGCCAGACGUCGUGGCACGAGAAGGAGGCGCUGCAGAACCUCGAGUCGGAGGUGGCCGGCGCCGUGGGCUACGCGUAUGGGCUGUCGUGCGAGGGCGGGUAUCCGGACAUCACGAGCACGGACUCGGUGCCCAUCAAUGUGCUGAUCUUCGUCCUGCUGCUGGCGCCGUACAUCCUCAUCUACGUCCUGACGGGAUAUAAUCAGGGACAUAGCACGCUGACGCAGCGGACGUGGCUCAUGUGCUCGCUGGUGCUGGGGCAGCUGUUUACGGUUGUGGCGCAGCAUAUGAUAUAUCCGAUACAGAGGUGGUUCUUUGUGCGCCUGCAUUGCUCGCUGGAUGAUAAUUUGGUGUAUGCGGGGAUCUCGGUUGUGCUGUCGGCGCCGACGGUGGGCGCGUUUGUGCAGGUGGCGUAUAUGAUCUUUCAGGACGAUGUGUGCAGGAAGAUAUGA